UCUGUAUGGGGUAAAUUCACUGCCUGAGAGCGGUCCGGCCCCUGUACUGGUGGAACCGGAAGUGGCGUAACAUCACGGUCACAUGACCGGGGAAGCCGGAAGAUAAGUUGCAGCGUUUGAGGAACAGUUUCCGGUCACGUAACUCGCGAGGAGUUUGGAAGUGAGACCGAAAGGAGCAGCUGAAUGGCGGGCAGGGGGGAGAAAAGUUGCCGAUCUGCCAAGCGGAGCAGAGUGGGACCCAGUCCGGCCCAGUCACGGCCCAGUUGCUCAGCGGCACCGAGUGGCAUGAAAACUGAAGCAGCAGAGUUCAGUGAUGAGGAACAUCUCCCGGAUGUAAAACCACCCCGGCCAGAUGGUGGCGCCAGUGAGGAGUCGGCCUGCUCUGAGGGAGAUGAGCAUCUGGACUGCGCCCGUGAUCCCCUCAGGCACCACAAGCUGGGAUCAGAUGCGGGCAGUGAUCCCUUGGGAUCCGCUCUGAGUGACAGCCCCGUGGCUAAUUACGUCCACGUGCGGAUAAAGGAGGAGCCGGAGUCGUGGGACGAGGAGUACGUUUCCGACUACAGAAUCGUUACGGUGAAUGAGCAGCUGGAUGAGUCCAGCGGCAGCUCCUCGCCCGACUACCCCAUCAAGGAAGAGUCCGACUCCUGCCCAGAGGGAGAACUUUCUGAUUUUAAAAUCGUGGUUGUUUCCGAUCCAGUGCCGGAGUCGGACGGUGCUAUAGACUGCCAGCUGGAUGCCAGCGUGGGCAAUAUGUAUAUGUGCCAGCUCUGCCACUCCGGCUUCCCCACCAAGAGCAAACUGCUCCGGCACGAGAGAACUCACACCGGAGAGAAACCCUUUGCCUGUUGCGACUGCGGCAAGAGUUUUACCCAACGCGCCGACCUCAGCGUGCACCAGAGAAUCCACACCGGGGAGAAACCAUUCAGCUGCUCCGAGUGCGGCAAGGGCUUCACCCGGCGCCGGCAGCUCAAUAUCCACCUCCGGAUUCACACCGGGGAGAAACCGUUCCCCUGCGCCGAAUGCGGCAAAUGCUUCCGUCAGAGCUCCCAGCUCUUCCUGCACCAGCGGAACCACUCGGGGGAGAAGCCCUUCUCCUGCUCCGACUGCGGCAAAACCUUCAAGUGGCGCUCGGUUCUGAUCAAGCAUCACAAGACCCACGACGGCAAGAAGGCCUUCCCCUGCCCCGAGUGUAAGAAAUCCUUCGGCAAGUUCUCCGAGCUGGCGGAGCACCGUAAGACUCACGUCAAGAACGCGUUCCCUUGCACGGAAUGCGCCGAGAGCUUUGCGCAACGCUCCGACCUGGAGCUGCACCGGCAACUGCACUCGGGAGACAAGCAGUUUACCUGCUUGGAGUGCGGCAAAUGCUUCAAGCGCUUCUCGCUGCUCCGGGAGCACAACCGCAUUCACACCGGCGAGAACACCUUCACCUGCGACGAGUGCGGCAAGUGCUUUACGCAGAAGUCUCACCUGGCCGCGCACCAGAAGAGUCACCAGGGGAAGAAGCCAUUUUGCUGCUCGGGAUGCGGGAAACACUUCAAGCAGAAGUCGCAGCUGGUGGUGCACCUGAGAACUCACACAGGGGAGAAACCCUUCACCUGCGCCGAGUGCGGCCUGUGGUUCAAGCUGCAGUCGCACCUCACCGAGCACCAGAAAUCCCACACGGGGGAGAAGCCAUUUUCCUGCCCCGAGUGCGGCAAAUGUUUCAAGCGCCACUCGCUCUUUAUGGAGCAUCAGCGCAUUCACACGGGCGAGGACACGUUUUCUUGUUCCAUAUGUGGGAAAACCUUUACCCGCCGCUCCCACCUCACCGCGCACGAGAAGAUCCACGAGGAGAAUAACCCCUUCCCUUUCCUAAACUCCCUCACAUUUCCAGGCUUGGGGCAGAUCUUUGAGGACUAAUGAACAGCGAUUAGUAUUUCUCUGUACAGGCUAUGAGCAACAAAGGGGCUGUUCCUGCUGAAUUGUGCUUAGUACAGGGGAAUCCCUAUG